AUGGUGUGGCUCGUUCUCGAAUAUUGUUCAGGCGACGAGCUCUACAACUAUCUCCUCAAACACGGCAAGCUUCCGGUCGACAAGGUUCAAAAGACGUUUACACAGCUCGUGGGCGCCGUGUCCUACGUUCACCUGCAAUCCUGCGUGCAUCGCGAUCUGAAACUUGAGAACAUUUUGUUGGACAAGAACGAGAAUGUUAAAUUGUUGGAUUUUGGGUUUGCUCGUGAGUACGAGGGCAAGUCGAACUACCUCCAGACUUUCUGUGGCACGAUUUGCUAUUCCGCCCCAGAGAUGCUCAAAGGAGAGAAAUAUGCAGGCGAAAAGGUCGACGUGUGGAGUUUGGGGGUGAUACUGUACGCUUUGCUCUGUGGAGAACUACCUUUCGACGAUGACGAUGACAACGUCACACGGACCAAGAUCCUUUCAGAAGAGCCGAAAUACCCCGAGCAUAUACCGGCCGAUGCAUUGUCGCUAUUAAAAGGUCUAUUGUCGAAGAGACCACUGUUGAGGCCGGGCCUGUCCGAUAUCCUCGCACAUCCUUUUCUAGCUGAGCAUGCGCCCGAGCAGCAGGCUAUUCUAGCAAAGCAACAGCCUCCGCCCUUCUCCACGCCCCUUGAGAAAGACACCCUCCAGCGUAUGCGAAGUGCUGGCGUGGAUAUCGACUCCGUUAUUGAAUCUGUCAUAGCCCAAAAAUGUGACACACUCGCCGGAUGGUGGACUCUGCUUAUCGAAAAGGAAGAGCGCAAGCAACGGAGACGGGAGCGGAAGCGCAAGGAGAAGGAAGCUGAGCAUAGGAGCUCCCGUCGUUUUUCUCAAGCUUCCAGCCGUCUAGAACGGCUGGCACCAGUAGGUGAGGAAAUCAGCAAGCUCCUCGCGCCAUAG